UCGACCUAUGGUCAUUACGUCAUGCGCCCACCAUCUGUGCUACACCCUGGGGGCUAACUCAAAGCUUUUAUAGACUAUAGUCUUCAGUUGAAGGGAAGUAAAUUCUGGAUAAGCUCUUGGCUUCUGAAACACAUCCUUUUCAUUAACCGCAGGUGAAGCAUCAUCGAUCGAAAUAGAGGAGAAACCAAAGGCAAUUCAAGGGUUCUAAAGCAUUUUGGAUGAAGCAUCAAAUGCUUGCAACUCCUUUUACAUGCACAAAAAUUUCCUAAGGAUAUCAAAAUUUCUGAAGAAGGCAUCUACAGAGAGGGGAACUAGGCAAGGAGGGCCAUGGCGGCCAGUGGCGCCCUACAAUUUGCUCUUCAGAAGUUGGACUCUAUAUUGGUGCAAGAACAGCAGCUACUUCGAGGAUUCAACACCCGCAUCAAAGAUAUCAGGGAUGAGCUCGAGAGCCUAAAGAUAUUCCUGAGAGGUGCUGAUGCCGGAGACGACAAAGACGACAUUAAAGCAUGGAUGAGGCAACUGAGAGACAUAGCUUACGACAUGGAAGAUCUCCUGGAAGAAUACACCUUUCACUUUGGCCAACCUCACCGCCACCGGUUAUUGGGAUUCCUGACUACAUCCAUUCAAAGCCUAAGGCACUUGUUCACUCGUCGGAAGAUGAGCAUCGCAAUUCAAGACAUCAAAACCCAACUUCGAAACAUCUCGGAGAGAAGAAGCACGUACAAGUUCAACUCAAGCUUCAAUGCCACCAAGAAGAGAGUGCACGACAGACAUCUCGCAGCUCUUUUCAUGGAGGAAGCCGAAUUGGUGGGCAUCAGGAAACCCAAAGAAGAAAUUGUCGGACGGUUAGUGAAAGGAGGAGGAUCGUCAAGCCUGACAGUGGUCUCGGUGGUGGGCAUGGGCGGCUUAGGCAAGACAACCCUCGUCAGGAAAGUCUACGAUGAUGAACAAGUAAAAGGAUGGUUCAACAGUCAUGCUUGGAUCACUGUCACUCCAUCAUUUACAGUCGAAGAGCUUCUCAAGAGCAUCAUAAUCCAGUUCUAUGAAGAAAGGCACGAGAAGCUCCCAGCGAGAAUUCAAACAAUGGAGUGCAUCCAGCUGAUCGAUACACUGCGGCAGUUCCUGCAGGACAAGAGGUACAUAGCCGUCUUAGAUGAUCUGUGGCAUAUAACUCCAUGGGAGUGUCUCAAAUAUGCACUCCCUAACAGUGAGUGUGGUAGCAGAAUCGUAGUAACGACGAGAAACAAGGAUAUUGGUCUCUCGUGCAUCGAGUCAUGUGGCUCUCUCUAUGAACUCCAACCUCUGCCUCAACCAGAAGCAUGGUUCCUCUUCUGCAAGAAGGCCUUCCGAUCAGUCUCCGCCGGAGUCUGCCCGUCGGAGCUGCAGGACGUCGCUGAAGAUAUCGUGAAGGUUUGUGGAGGAUUACCUUUGGCAAUCGUGACGAUUGCUGGCCUCUUGUCUAAAAAAGCUCAUGUUUUGGAAUGGAGAAAGCUGCGCGAUAAUCUUCAUGCGGAGUUAGCCAACAAUCCUAAGCUUGAAAUCAUCAAACAGAUACUGCUGCUGAGCUACAAUGAUCUGCCGCACUUCCUCAAAUCAUGCAUCUUGUACUUCAGUAUCUUCCCCAAGGAGCACGCUGUCACGCGUAUAACUCUGAUCAGACUGUGGAUUGCCGAAGGAUUCAUAGAGAGUGAAAGGGGAGAGACCAUGGAGAGGAUCGCCGGCGAUUACCUCAACGAUCUCAUCGACCGGAGCAUGGUCCAAGUGGCAGAGCGCUAUGACUACGGAAGAGUCCGAAGCUGCCGAGUGCACGAUCUCAUCCACGAGGUUAUCGUUCUCAAAUCAGAGGAGGAAAACUUCAGCACGCUGAUGAUCACGAGGGACACAAAGCGCCACGGCAAGAUUCGACGCUCGUCUACGCACGCCGCCGGUGAGCAUUUGCUACAGAGCGACUUAUCUCACUUGCGUGCCUUGUUCAUGUUUAGAGAAAAUGUACUCCCCAUUCCUUCCGUGGUGAAUCUCUUAAGCAGACUGAGAUUGUUGAGGAUCUUGGAUUUGACUGGUGCACCGAUCGAAAGCUUCCCCCUCGAAUUCGGAAAGCUACCACAUCUGAGGUACUUGAGCUUCAGAAACACAAGGAUCAGCAAACUGCCCAAGUCCUUGGGACAGCUAAAGAACCUAGAGACCUUGGACCUGAAGGAAACUUAUGUCACUGAAUUGCCUAAAACUAUCUUGAACCUCCAAAACCUGCGCCAUCUCCUUGCUUACCACUACUACACGAGCCACCGUCCGCCUUACUACCUCGCAGAUGGCGUGAAGUUGCCUCACGGAAUAGGCAAGUUCAGAGAGCUGCAGAAGCUCACGUACCUGGAGAUCAAUCAAGACAGUAGAAUCGUGAGGGAGCUAGGGAAUCUCACGCAGCUAAAGAGGUUAGGCUUGGUGAAAUUGAGAAGGGUGGAUGGAGCAAGCCUUUGCAAAUCGAUUGAGAAGAUGGAAAAGCUUCUAUCUCUUUCAGUGACGUCUGUCGGCAUGGAUGAGUAUCUCAAUUUGCGAUCUCUGACUUCUCCGCCACCGCUUCUUCAGCGACUCUACCUGAGAGGGCCACUGCAGGCAUUGCCGAAUUGGAUUUCCUCGCUGAAGCACCUGGUGAGGAUGAGGCUGAGGUGGUCGCGAUUGAAGGAGGACUCUUUUGGUGUUCUUGAAGAACUUCCAAGCCUAGUUGAGCUCACGCUCAUACAUGCAUACGAUGGUGCCAAUUUACGUUGCCAGAAAGGAGGGUUUCAGAAGCUCAAGAUAUUGGAUUUAGAGCGACUGAACAACUUGAACCAUGUUGUUGUUGAUGGUUCAAUGCCGAACCUGCAAAAGAUGUACAUCAGAUCCUGCGUGCAGUUACAGGAGGUUCCCCAGGGAAUUCAGCAACUAGUGCUCCUCAAGGAGAUUCAUUUGUUCGACAUGCCUGAAGAAUUCGUGCAGAGGUUGGAAGGUGAAGAUUAUGCACUAGUUAGUCAUGUUCCGAUUCGAAGAUCCUACGAUAGUGAAAAGGGUGUUUACAAAGAGCUUUAGCACUGGAUAGCUAGCAAUGCAAGAACAAAAAUGAUCAAGGAGUCUCGUGGGAAGAUCAACAAGUUUCAUAAGAUUGUUCAGGAUUAUGUUUGAAUACUUUAAAGUGUUUUGGUGUUGAUGAUGUCUGGUAUAGAACAAUAAGGCUGUGUGGAUUUCUCUUUGUAUAAAGCAAUAUGGUUGGUGUGGAUGAUAGAUAUGUUAGUUUAGAAAUUAUAUGUGAGAUUGUAAUGGAUGAAUGGGAUAGAUUGGAGGAAGAAAUUGUAAAAUUAUA